AUGAAUUCGCAACAGGACUUUCCCAUAGUGAUGGUCAAAAACCUUCCGUAUGAUGCGACAGCGGAAGAACUGUAUACACUGUUUGGGACGUUCGGUAACAUCUCACAGGUGCGAUGCGGUGAACAGCCAGAGGUGAAAGGAACUGCAUUUGUUGUGUAUAAUAAUCUCAAGGCCGCCAAGUUGGCUGUGGAAAAGCUCAGUGGUUACAAUUUCAAUGGAAGAUACAUCGUUGUGUUACUUUACAAUGUUGACAAGGCCACCGUUAAGUCGCUACAUGACGAGAUACUACGGUCUAAGCAGAAUAGUGCCAACGAGGUAGAGAUAUGA